AUGACGCUAUUGAAGGAGCUCGAUGGGGUCAGCGAGCUGUAUGUUAGGCCGAAUGAGGCGACAAGGCGUGUGCUUGAACACAAUCUGAGCUCGCUCUUCGUCUCGAACGACGAUGAGUCUUCGGAGGUGACGCUGCUGGUCAAGAGAAAUGCUCUGGCCGACCUUCUCGGAGAAAAUUACGUGGCGGGCGAGCGAGACGAGCACCAGACGAUGUACUGUGAAGCUGCUCUCAGGAAUAUCGACAGCAUCGUUCAAGAGGCCGUCUUUCACCGAUACACCGCGUUAUCAGAAGGACUGAAAGUAUUCCUCAUUCGCAAGGCGAACUCCAAUCUCCCGAUGACCGUCUCUCACGACAUGUUCGCCACCCUAUGCUCAUCAGCUCAUGUUCCAACGCAGUUUUGGGAUUUCCUGCUCCACAUGGGGGAGAAAGAGCAUGAAGUUGAGAUCUCACCGCCGCCAGUGGUGUGUCGCGUCUUUGGUGAGGCUGGGGCUAUCGAGACUCGGUGGCAUCUGAUGGGCUGCAUUCGUCUCGUGGAACCGAACCGGCGCCGAGGAGCGUUCCUACCAAGUGCGAAAUGGUCACUCAGACAGUCAGCGUUCUUUUGCUGCUUUGAACCGACCAGAGGGCAGACAAAUUGGGUCCUCGUCGCACUCGCAGAUCCCUCCGUGAGGCGCUCGGAAGAUAUCUGGAGCAAAGUCCAAGAUCCAGCACGUCUCUUACCAUUCCGAGUUAUCUACUCCUGGUAUGAGUACGCAACAAGUAAUUGGAGGCCGUAUGCUGUUGCCCUUGCGCAAGAAGUCGACACACACGAGUCCAACAGCCUAGGUGCCACCCCUGAUGAUACUGGCCCAGUGCCUAUGAUGCGUGCGGGCGAGAGGCAGGCCCUCACUGCACUCGAUAUCAAGCUUGCUUCUGCUCGACUUGCACUCCAAUCCAUGCUGUCAGAUGUGACAUCUCUGGCCCAUAUCUGUGAGCAAGGCUUGCAGUAUAUGGGAUCUAAGCAGGUGAACGAAAUGCAACGACUUGGGCAAGCCUUCCACGAUAGCAGCCGCGACCUUGAACGAAACAUUAUGCGUAUCGAGCAGCUGCAGGCGCGGCUACGUAACGUGACCAACCUUGUGUCGACUUUCCUGGAGCUGAACAGUGCUCAUAUAUUGCAACAACUGGGUAAGCAAUCACACAUCGAGAGUGAGAAUAUGCGGAAAUUGGCCGAAAGAAGUACGCAGGACUCGGCCAAGAUCACUGUCCUGACCAUUUUGACGUUGACAUAUCUGCCAUUGACGGUAGUGUCGAACUUUUUCUCGACAUCUUUCGUCGGAACAACGGCUGAUCACAUCUAUAUCACUAAUGACUGGUGGUUACUUCUAGUCACGUCGCUACCUCUGACGCUGCUGACAUUCUAUGUCUGGUGGGUGUGGUCGAACAUCAAAGCCCACGAGGACUACCCAAGUUGGUGGCCACGAUGGUUGAUCAAGCAAUCAAUGUCAGACCAUAUGGAAUAG